AUGUCCAGCAAGGCCAAACUCAUUAUUACUGUAGGAGGCAACAUUGAAGUCAUCUUUACUCCGCCCUAUUACUGUGUCUGUGAGGCCAAACAUUCGACGAAGCGAAACUUGCAGCGACACAUUCAAGGCUGCAAGGAUAGACACCCAUGCGAGAGCAUUGAGGGUAUCUUAAAGCUCAAGCUUCAAAAAACAUACUCCAGACAUUUCAAGUCCAUUGGUUGUUUCCUCUACUUCUUCUGCUUCCUCCGCCUCUUCUGCAACCCCUGCUUCAUUUGCUUUCCCUGCCUCUUCUGCAAUCCCUACUUCAUCUGCUUCCUCUGCCUCUUCUGCAACCCCUGCUUCAUCUGCUUCCCCUGCCUCUUCUGCAAUCCCUACUUCAUCUGCAUCCUCUGCCUCUUCUGCAACCCCUGCUUCAUCUACACCCCUCAGCAUCACGCAGGAUCAAUAUCAGUUCAUUCUAUCUCGUCUGGAGAAUCUACCUACGCAGAAUCAGAUGCAGUCUAUUUUAUCUAUGAUGAGUCGAUUGGAGAAUCAAUCUAUGCCGGAUCAGAUCCAGUCUCUUGUGUCAAUGAUGGGUCGUUUGGAGGAUACGGUUAUGGGGUUACGUGCUGA